GGUCGGCAAUUCAUUAUUAGAGUUCGAUAUCAUUCCACUGAUAGUGCACCAUUGAUUUAUACCAUUUCCAGCCAAUUCAUACAAAAUCCAAAUACUAAAUAUACGUAAAAUGAAGAGCUUAAUUGUAGUUUUAUCGGUGUUAGCGGCAGUGGGCUGCAUUAAUGCACAAAAAUUACAAAUUGGUAUAAAAAAACGGGUCGAAAACUGCGAAAUUAAAGCACAAAAAGGAGACUUGGUUCAUAUUCAUUAUACGGGUACACUAGAAAAUGGCAAAGUAUUUGAUAGCAGUGUUGAACGAGAACAACCAUUGACAUUCACAUUGGGCACCGGUCAGGUAAUCAAAGGCUGGGACCAAGGUUUGCUCGGAAUGUGCCAAGGUGAAAAACGACGCCUAGUCAUCCCGCCAGAGUUGGCAUACGGCAAAAAUGGCGCCGGUGAUGCAAUCCCACCUGAUUCAACGUUGAUUUUCGAAACGGAGCUCAUGAAAAUCGAACGUAAAGAUGAAUUGUAAAUUGCAUACCACCGGACUGCAUACCACCGGUGAACAAACGUUCUUUCCAUCUGUCGAACAAGUAUCACAAGAGAACAAAACACCAAUUAUUUCGUAUCAAUUUCAUUUGAAUUAGUUUUUUGUAUUUUGAGUUGAGUUGAGGUUUUUGUUCAUCAUCGACGGAAUACAAUAAAAUAUUUUUGAAUGGAAAAGUCUUUUAAAAAAAUCGAUCAAUUGCGAAAUAAAUGUAUCUUAAAAACUAAUAAAAAAAUGUGUGUGUGUGUGUUGGUCACAUCAAUUGAA